UUGAAAUCAGUUAUAUGCAUGUACUGGAGGCCCUACUUGCUAAAUCAGUGGUAACAUUUCAAAUCAGUAUCGAAUAAUGUACAAUGAUAAACCAAUCCAUUAAACUACACAUAGGCCUCCAUCUACACUGUCCAUGCAAUGUAUGUGUGUAAUCAGAGGAUAAAGAGAAGGUCCACUGGUUUGUUAGAUUUGACCCUAGGUUCAAAGGUCACCCAAUGGGUAAACCACCUGGGAUUUGGGUUUAAACCAUGAGCAAUUGCUUUCACAGGAAAUCUAGAUUAGUGUUUGAGGGGUCUUUGUCCUGUGAGCAUACCUGUAGACCAGGGCCCUUUGUUCUGUUCUGCAUACCCUUAGGUUCUAAGGCUGGCUCCCUCUUUUCUUCACUCAACUCAAGUACUGCUGCUCUAUUCAUUCAUGCAUUCAAACAUUUCCCGCCACAAUGCAUCACAGCUAGUACACAGUAGAAGGCAUGUGUGCGUGCGUGCGUGAGUGCACAGCCUGGCCUGGCCUGGCCUUGGGAGUCUAUUGUACAGCUAUGCACUAACCAUGUGCCGAGUGCUGUAGUAGAGUCAAGCUUUUGUACAGCCCACUCUGAACAUGCAUGAGUCUGAGCAUGGUUGGUUGGUUUCUUGGUUGGUUGGUCCUCCAAAAUAUUCGUCUUGAGUUUUAACUGGAGGUCCUUGGUCUGAGUAAAGCAUCUUGUUCCUCUACCAGUGCUGGUCUAGCAAUUUCUCCUCUGGUUUAUUUAUCAUUUUCGGCAAGGAUAAAGGAAGAACGGGCCCGCAAAGAACAAGAGGAUAACGAGCGUCUGGAACGAGAACGAUUAGAACGAGAGGAAAGGGAAAAGAUCUUAGCUCAAGAACAUCAGCGACAUGCAGCAGAACUUGCCCAGCUUGCAUCCAUCUUGGAGGGUAACUACACCGCCCUUCACCAUGUUAGAGAGGCACGGAGAGCACAGGCCAAGUGGGAUCGGUAUAUGCUGUGUGAUGGAAGCCCUGAUCCUACCAUCCCUGCUGAGAUCAACACCUAUAUCAACCUCUGGAAAGAUGACACAAAGAGAAACGAGAUCCACUCCGUCCUGAAGGAGAGCCAUCUUACUCUCAAGUUGAUUUGUGAGUUGGAGUUCCUUCUUGAAGACACGCCUGAAGAGCAGUUAGAUGAAAACACUGAGAGAAGAUAUGAAGAAACCAUCAUAGAGCUACAGAACAUACUCCUCAACAAGCUAGAUGAAGCUACUGUAUCUCUAUUGAAGGAUGCUUCCAACCAUGCUGACUCUGAGACGGGUAAUCUACAGUUCACUAAAGGCAACAAGGAUAUCGUCUUGAUGCUAUGGGGUAACCUCGUCAAGAACCCAAGAUUGAAGAGCUAUUCCUUUGAAGAGCAAGAUUUCUCCUUUGACCUUCCCAAGCAGCUUGCUCUCUCAGACAUCGCUAUCCGUGUGAUCCACACAGCACACGACCACUUCUCACACCGGUGCCGUACCUUCAAGCUCAAGAGGGUGCGCUACUACCCCCCUCCAGAGGAAGAAGAGCCCUUUGAGGAACCCCCUCCUGUCGAGGGAGACGGGGAGAAGGACGAGGGGGAGGAUGGAGAAGGGAAGGAAGAGGAUGGAGAGGCGACGGAGUCUGUGGUGGGAGGAGAGGAAGAGAAGAAAGAAGAGGCCCAGGAGGCCGCGCCCCCUACCCCAGCCAAGGAACCAGAGCCUGCCAAGACACCAGCUGGGGAGGAUGAAGGUCUGGAAGAAGAAGAGUACGAGGAGGAGGAGGAGGAUUACGAGCUGGAAGAUGAGGAUACAGUUGACCUACGAGCUUACCAGGUCUUGGGAGGGGUCAUACACUUUGACCUUUUGACCAUGCCCCCUCAACCUAAGCACAUCAAGAACUGGAUAAUGACACAAGAUACAUCUAAUGAGCUGAAGCGAAUGCCUUAUGGAUCAGACAGCAUCAAGCUGGGUGCGUCUCUGGCCGGUACAAUGGCCAUGGGACUCACCCUGGACCCUAAGGCUGCAGCAGCUAACGCAGCAGCAACAGAAGCCCUGGGUGCCCCUCCUCUAGGUGUUACGGUCAAGCUUCCUGAUAAUGUAUUGCUCUGUGAAGAACCUCAGAUGGUUUACUGGUGGGAAGAGGGCAAGCAAUGGAGACUCGAUGGCUUUCACGAUGUCAAGUUUGAACAAGAGGAGAGAUUACUUUCCUUCAAGACGAUCAAGUUUGGUCCUCUGGCUUGCAUCCAGGACAAGCAUAUCAAUAUGCCCUUCCAGUCCUGGGAGCUCUUCCCUCUCGGCACCAACCAUGCUCGCUUCACCAUCAUAGCAGCUAUCCUAGAGGUAGAGUUUGAAAUCAAGGAUCAUCUCUGUUGCUUCAGACAAGCUGGUGAUGGUGAACGUAAACCUGAGCUGGAAUCCAUCUCUAAUAAGUGGAUGGAGCCUCCUCAAUUGAUUGAGACCAUGAAGAAAGCAGGAGUCAAUGUCUUCCCUGAAGAAGAUUCCAAGAAAUAUGUGAGCGUCUGUGAUAAGGAUGAGCAGACGGAAGGAGCAGCAUAUGAUCAGAUGGCGUUGACCGCAUCUCACUUUGCUUAUUCCUGGAGUAAAUGGAACGCUGAGACAUCUCCUGAUAAGAUCAUCCUCCUGGGAUGUGAGAAGCUCGUUCCAGAACCAGUCAAAGAUAGCAAGGAGGAUUGGCAAGUCUUGUUGACCAGUAAGAAGCAGACGUCCAAGCUGAAGAUGGGAGAAUACGACGAGGAGUUCUCUGAAGCCUUCGCCGAGGGGUCACAGUUUCACGCUGACCUUUAUCACAUGGUCAAUGACCUUUGCUCCGAGGGAGGUCAUGAGCGCAUGAAGAACACAGAGUUUGGAUACAUCAACGCUGUACACAAGAUGCUUGAAGCAACAAGGGUUAUUGCUUUCUCUUAGACUGCUUAACAUGAUUAACGAUUACAGUCUUUUAUGUGAGAUAAUAAGGGUAUUAAUUCCAUGUGCAGUGUUCGGAGACAACUAGUGUUUUUGCUUUGUCCUUAAAUUGCUUUCAUGCUUAACGUGACCUAGGAUAAUAGUCUACUUGAAGAACUUAAGAAUAUAAGGACGUUUCCUUUGAUCUACACUUUAUCCACAAGAUGCCAGAGGUAACAUUGCUUUCCUCAAACAACAUAUUUCAGGGCUUAACAGGAUAAGUUGUUCAUUGUCCUUUUGGAAUGCUCCAUUUCAUCUUGAGACAAAGAAUGACAUCUAUGAUAAGGAUAUUAGAUAAAUGUUCAGCAAAUGUUACAUUCUCUGCUCAUAAGUCCAAGAUGGUACAAAACUAGGAAAUUAAUGUAGAUCAUUGGCACUAAAUAAAACAUUUUGUAGAUCAUUAUUGGGGCAUUGCGUUUGUUUAAAGUCAUUCCAAAAUGUUAUUCCUGGAUUAAAGACCUUCUCUAAAAGGAUGUAUGGUUGUUGCGUGAAUCCAUGUGAUCCAUCACUUUCCCUAACACAUCUUUACAUGUAUUCAGUACUUGUAUUCCUUAUGUGUAUGCAGGCAGGGCUUGACAUUAGCAUUUACUUGAGUACCUCAUAACACGGUUAAGCACAGCCUUAACAGUAAGCAAUGCAUUUCAUUCAUAUCAACACCAAUUAAGACAUGCCCUGGGCACAUGAGCAGUUGGGGCACCCACAAAAUUCAAGUCCAGACCUCAGGACCCCUACGUUUCAAAAUGUUUCAUAGGGGUCAUGCAUUCAGACUCUAGAAAGAUCAAUCUGGAAACCCUUCCUAAAAAGUGAGCGUGGAGCCCUGAUGAUAUAAUACUAAAUAGAUACAGAUAAUAACACAACAUGAAAUUUGUGUAGGUGUUCUGCAAUGCUUUAAAUUGUAAGAUAAAAGUAAUAUGAAAGUAUAAAUAAGAUUAUAUAAAACUAUUUCUAUCAUUCCAGCUGUAAAUGCCGUCCAUGUAAUGUAUAUAAUGUAGAUAAAGAGAUAAAUUUUACUGCAAGUCUUUCAUUUAUAUUUUAUGUAACAUUAUUAUGCAAAUGUUUCUAAUCACCUUGACUGAGUAACAUGUGUGGCAUAAAAUAAAUGUUCACCCUUUCAUGACAUCCUUUGCAUUUAAUGCGAGUGUAGUCUGAGUAGGAACCCAUUAAACCCUGUGAUCACUGGACCAAAGAUCGGUGACAAUAGGUACCCAGAAAAAGAUGAUUGAUUGAAAUCGAUAGCAACUCUGUUUUAAUGUAAUCUGCAUUCACAACUUUGAGAUUGAUUAGAGGACUUGCAAUCAGUUGGAAACUAUCACUACUCUAAGCUUCACUAAAUGGGAACUUCUUCAGCAGCACUGGAUUGCACACAGAGUGUAUCAAGUUUAAGUCUGAAAGAGGGACAAUCAAUUUUUCUGUUGAAAUAAUAUUGAGAAGGGUUUGAGUUAUCUCAAUCUGACCUUGAAGUCACACAUGUAACAUGAUGUUCAUUUUAAUUCUACGUCCAAGAUGUCUAUGUCAGAGUUUAU